AUGACGAAAGAAGAGCCGGUGGUGGUUGCGGUGAUCAACGCCGUCGUUGCUGUGGCUGCGAACGUCAUAAGGCACGUCUUGUUGCCAAGGGCUACACACAAGUCCCUGGCAUUCCUUCAUAGAGAUCUUGAUGAAGAGGUGUAUAUCGUUGCUCCACCAGGGCUAAAUGUUGGCAAGGGACAAGUAUACAAGCUAGAGAAGUUGCUCUAUGGACUCAACCAGGCCAGUAGACAAUGGAAUGACAAGCUCAAAUCUAUUUUUGUCUUGGAUGAUCGACUCAAAAUCAAGGAUAUUGGAGACUUGAAAUUCUUCCUCGGAUUGGAAGUAGUGCGUUCAGAUAAAGGGAUCGCGUUGUACCAGAGAAAGUAUGUUGUGGACAUGCUUACUGACUAUGGCUUUGCCGAUUGCAAACCAAUCUCUACACCUAUGGAUUAUAGUGAGAAGUUGAGCAAGGAUAGUGGAUCUCCUCUGCCCAAUUCAAUUGAAUAUAAAAACAUAGUUGGUAAAUUAUUAUAUUUGACCAAUGCACAACUAGAUAUUAGCUACGCCAUUAGUCGUCUCAGCCAGUACUUAGUCAAACCGACAAGCUUGCAUCUACACUCUGCUCAUCGAAUCUUGCGAUACCUGAAAUCUGCACCUGCUCAGGGAUUGUUCUUUCCCACUUCUACUGAUUUAUGCAUCACAGGCUUUUCUGAUUCUGACUGGGCAGCUUGCCCAGACACACGACGUUCAACUUCUGCCUAUCGUUUUUACUUUGGGCCCGCUUUGAUCUCUUGGAAAAGUAAGAAGAAGAAUACUGGUUCAUGCAGCUUCUCUAAGGCUGAAUAUAGAGCCUUAGCUACAGCCACCAAAGAGGCUAUCUAG